UUUCACAGACUGUUGCUGCUGAUAAAGCUUUGCUCUGAAAUGCAUUGUACAGAAGGAGAGGGAAGAGUCACGAGGACAUCCUCUUGAAUACGUCUGCGAGCGCUCAUAAAACACUAAGAAUGAUGGGAAAGGAAAAGCGGCACGUCGAUGCAAAUGCGACAUUUGUUUUUCGCUGCACAAGCCACUGCACACGUACAUUUCCCAGUUGCAAUUUGUAAUUACGUGUGAAAAACAUAUUCGUAGGUAAACACCUGCCAUCAUGUGACUAACGUGAUAAACACGGGUAUGCGAAAGGGGGGGAAUCACACAUGGUUGUAAAACCAUGUAAAAACACUUUUUCUGAUUUUUAUGUUUUUAUGAAUUCAUUUUUUAAAUGAUUAUUAUGUAAAAUAGCGAAUCCUGUAUAUAAAAUCACAUGAACAUCAAUCCUGUUUAUAAACAAUAAUGUAAGUAUUAAUGAUGUGAGUAUAAAUAAUAUAAAAACAAAAAAAAAACUAAGGUGAACUGAAUUGUGUAAAGAAAAAAAAUGAACACGUCGUUCUCUUUGUAAAUAUCAUAUAGAAAUAAGGUGGGAAACAAACUGUACAGAUAAACCAGAUAUUCAAUCCUAUUUAGAAAAAAAAGAUCAAUCAGGAGAAAGUGAGAAUAAUUAAAUUUUAAAGGAAAAAAAUCUAAUUGAAAUAAAUCUUGUAUGGGGAUCAGAUAUGAAACUAAAACAUAAAGCAUCACAUGCAUUGAUAAAACAUGCAAAAAUGAGGUUUGCUGAAAGUAGAGACACGGGAAUGUUGUGGUUUUCACUUUACAUCACUUUUCCUUUCAUCCCACAUGCUGGGGAGGUUCUAUAUGGUGAGUGUACACAGUGUACAGUUACUACUAACGACUCAGGGGGCGUGGCUUGCGUCGGGCAAGUGGGCGUGACCCAGAGCUGUGACUGCUGCUUCUAUAAGCCAUGUGUUGGAGUCAGUUUUCCACAACGGAGCUGCACAGAGUAACGUGAGAUCUUAAAUAGUGAGAUCCAUACAGAUGGCAAAUGACUCACUUGGGAAAUGUGCGCGUUGUUUCAAGAGGUGGUGUUUGUGAGCGCGCGCGCCAGCCCGGACUCUCUCAGUGUUCUCGCAGGCGACUUUCCGACGGACACGCGCGUUCCUCCUCGCUGAGAUGAGUACUUUCUACAUCACCAUUGAAGUGAUCAUCGCUGUGCUGUCCAUUGUCGGCAACGUGCUGGUGUGCUGGGCUGUCGCCAUCAACUCCACCCUCAAGAACGCCACCAACUACUUCUUGGUGUCUCUGGCUGUAGCCGAUAUUCUGGUCGGGUGUCUCGCCAUCCCCUUCGCCAUCACCAUCAGCAUCGGGCUGCCCUGCGACUUCUACGGCUGCCUUUUUCUCGCCUGCUUCGUCCUGGUUCUCACCCAGAGCUCCAUCUUCAGCCUCCUGGCGGUGGCCAUCGACAGAUACCUGGCUGUCAAAAUUCCUCUAAGGUAUAAGGAGCUGGUUACAGGAAACAGGGCCAGAAGAAUCAUUGCCAUUUUAUGGAUUCUAUCAUUCAUCAUUGGCCUCAUCCCAUUUGCAGGCUGGAACAAGAAAGCCAGCGCUUGCAUUUUGACUAAAAAUCAAAGUUCUCCUCUCCACAACUCCAGCGCCGGUAAGGGAAUAGCAGCAGAAACAGACCAGGGCUUCCUGCAGAGCUGCCGUCUAAAAUGCCUCUUCGAGAGCGUAGUGGACAUGAGCUAUAUGGUCUACUUCAACUUUUUUGGAUGCGUACUGCUGCCCUUGCUCAUCAUGCUAGGCAUCUACGUCAAGAUUUUCACAGUGGCUCGGAAGCAGCUGCGCCAGAUCAAGCUCGGGAGCGUGAUGGGCAACGGCGAGAGCCGACAACACCAGCACCAUCGUGGCCUCCUGCAGCGCGAAAUCCGUGCUGCCAAGUCCCUGUCUAUUAUCGUCGGCCUCUUCGCGCUGUGCUGGCUGCCUGUCCACGUCCUCAACUGCCUCACCCUCUUUACGCAAGUGGGCAAAUCCGAGCUCCUCAUGUACGUGGCCAUUAUGCUCUCGCAUGCCAACUCGGCUGUCAACCCCAUUAUCUACGCGUACCGCAUCCGGGAGUUCAGAAACACCUUCCGGAAAAUUCUGGCACGCCACUUCCUUUGCUGUCGACAAGAGCUGUACCUGAGCUCCAACGGAAGCACUCGAAAAAGAGAACAGAUUACCAUGACCAUUGAUCCCCUAUUAUAGGGUCAUGAGACACUGGAAAUAAUUUAAUUUAAUCUUAUUUUUAACUGAGCAUCAUUUAAUAUAUGGGGAGCAAUGUUUACACACCAGAGAAAAACUGCAAGAAUGUGGAUUGCAAGGUUUGUUUAUGACUUGCAGAUCGUUCUGAGACUUUUUACCUUGUUGUUAAACUAAAGUGGAGGGCAAAAUGUGCCUCAAAUAACACUACUAAGACGGUGGAGAUACAUGAACUAAAUGUCCUUUUUACCCUGACGCAUCUAACAAGCUUGAACAAACUGUACUCUUCAUUCCAAGUCUUAAGGGACAGAAAACAUGCCUCUAAACUUGACUAGAGGUGAAUCCUAGUCAUGAGGCGAGAAUAAACAAAGGUGGAGGGAGCAAUGCCCAGAAAGCACCGACGUGGGAAAACUUCAUUAAAAGCCCCUUUUUUGUUUUGUUUUUAUAAAGGAACUGCAACAAAUUGUUACGGACAGAAAAGCAGCACAGAGCCAGACACACACUGGGGUGGUGGAAUACAAACGGCUUCUAAUUUAAUCUGUAACAGUCUUUUAAAGUGCUUGAAUCUUUAAGACUGUUUAAGACUGAAAAUGUACAAUUUAGGUUAUUAUAGAAAGCUCAGGAAAACCAUUUCGGAAGAGGAGACGGGAAUCGUGUUGAGGAAAUCCACUGAAAGAACAUUGGGCUGGUUGCCAAAUCAAAGAGAUAGCACUGUGUAAACGAUUCAGCCAUAUACAGAUUAGAGAAAUCAACACACUAAUAGUUGUAAUUCUGGAAACAAGGCACUCUUGUGUAUGAAAUGCACUCAGAGGUUUCGAGCGUAAGACCGUCCCUUCGAACGUCAUUAGAGCCCCGUUUCGUAACCUCUCGGCAAGAGCACAUUUCCACAUGUUGAAAUAGUAUUAUGUCACGUAUUAGGUCACACUCCCAUAUACAUCAUACGGUCUUUUCUUUCCCUCUCGCUCUCACACACACACACACACACACACACACACACACACACACACACACACAAGUGGUCCCAAGCUGCCCUGGUGUUGGACUUGGGGUUAUUGUCUCCCUCAUGGGUGCAUCACUGCUCCCAAGGGCCCAGUCUGCCAUUGGAUGGAAAUUUACAGCGUGACGGUCGGGCAAAAAAAAAAGAGUCUGCAGCAGUGAGAUUUAAAGUGUCACCUCUGAGCUGGCCACCUACCUCUUGAACACUGUUCUCACAAAAUACUGUGAAUUUUAGCCGGUGUCCUCUAUAACUGAUCAAAACCAUAGGAUUGUAAAAAAACAGUUCUUUAAAAACAAAGAAAAGAAAAAAAGAAAUGACAUCUCGGGUGGUUGUGAAGGUCAUUACAUGGUAAAGAGAAAGUGUACUGAUGGCACUGAACAAUAAAAAAGCAAAAGCAGG